AUGUAUAUCUUUUUUUUUUCUCAAAGAUCUGUUGUAAUUGAUGAUUGCUGUCUAAUCUCUGAAUACUUAUUCAAAGAGCAUUUUUGUGGCCAGACAUUUGAUAUAAUUGUAGCUGAUAUCACAAUACUCGCAAAGCGCUCUGCAAAGGUUGAUUUUACACAGCCAUAUACUGAUACAGGGCUGGUUAUCAUGGUGCGUACUAAGAAAAACCAGUCAUAUUCUGGCUGGGCCUUUCUACAUCCUUUUACAAUAACCAUGUGGAUUACUGCAGCAGCAUUUGUUCUUCUCACUGCAUUUCUUGUUUGGUUAUUGGAACGAGAUGAGAACGACGCUUUCACAGGACAGCCUACCAAGCAAAUGGAAAUUUCCCUCUGGUUUUCAUUUUCAACAAUUGUAUUUGUUCAUAGAGAGAAGGUUAUGACAUCUCUUGGCAAAGUUAUUUUAAUAAUCUGGCUGUUUGUAGUGCUGGUCUUAAAUUCAAGCUACAUAGCUAGCCUCGCAUCCAUUCUCACUGUUCAGCAACUUUCCCCAACAAUACGAGACAUAGAGUCACUCAGAGCCAACAACGCCUCCAUUGGGCAUUUGAAUGGUUCAUUUGUCAGAGAUUAUCUGAUCAAUGAGCUAAAAAUUGACAAGAAAAGAUUGGUACCUCUUGUACAUCCAGAUGACUACCUCAAUUCACUAAGGAAUGAGCCAAUUGGGUCUGUAGUUGAUGAGACUCCAUACAUUAACAUGCUGAUGUCAAACCAAUGUGGUGAAUUUGAGAUUGUGAGUCGGCCAUUCUACAAAGGAGGAUUUGGGUUUUUAUUUGCCAAAGGGUUUCCAGUUGUUGGGGAAAUGACAUCUGCAGUGCUGAAAAUUAUUCAGAACAAAACAGAGCUAGACAAACUUCGCAGGCACUGGUUUGGGCGUUAUUCUUCUGAUCCAUGCAAUAAUGACAACGGCGGGAUAUCCGAAGAAGACACGGUAGAUGAUGGUGGGAAGUUGAGUCCACGCAGGUUUUGGGGUUUGUUCGUCAUCUCAUCAGCGUUAUAUUGUGUAAUCAUGUCCGCCCACGUCGGACAAAAGUAUUAUAAGAAAAGACUAGUUAGCACAAGAGUGGAGAAUGUUCCGUCCCCACCUCCCGAUAGCCCUUUGCCUGCAACUGAAUUCAUACCUGCAAAUUCAGAUCCAUCCCGUUCAUCUGGUCAGUUCCAUACAAAUAAUAACAAUACAACUUCAAAUGGUGUGCGUCAUCGAAGAUCUUUCUCAGCUUAAUGUUAUUGAACUUUGAAAUAAUGGCAUUGAGUUGCCAAUAGUGUUAGAUUUCUUCUUUUGAACUAUCCAAAAAAACGAUGCUCUGUAGUAAAUUGAUAUUUGUUAAUUAUGUAUAGGCCUAAGAGGU